AUGUCGUUUCGUGUAACCCCAUCCAUCCCCUCUCGCACUCCUACUCCCAAACUUACCAAGUCGGUCUCUUUUUUGGCAGACCAGAAUGGCAAGCCAGAAAAGAUGUCCAUAAUCCUCAAACCGGAGGGUGAAGCAGGACACCGAGGUUGUGGAGGAUAUAACUUAGAAAAGGCACUCAAAUGGGAUCCUAGUCACUUCAAGAAGUUCAAGGAUUAUGUUCACCGAUCGAUCGACAAUCAUUGCAAUACUAGCAAGAGCAAGACAAACCAAACACCUACAGCAUUGCACUCUGUUGAGAAAGAGAAUUGCAUGACUAUAUGGGGUGUUGGCCAGUGGGAGAUCUAG